UGCAUUUUGAAUUUUUCUAAUCAAGUGAAUUAUAUUUUUUAUAUACAAGCUUGUCUUGCUAAAUUUACUGAACUUUUAAUGAAACGUGGAAAGUUCAGAAGGUUAUUUUUCAUCGAGAUUUAUAGUAUUUUGCUUUCGUUGCAGAUGACUAAAUUUGCGUGGGAUAAUUAUCGGAAAUAUGCAUGGGGUUUUAACGAAUUAAAACCCUUAUCAAAGUCAGGUCACAGUGCAUCAAUAUUUGGCAGCGGUGAGUUGGGUGCGACUAUUAUUGAUGCUCUUGAUACUUUGUAUAUUAUGGGUUUGAGAGAAGAAUAUGAAGAAGGGCGGAAUUGGAUAGAACACAAUUUUGAUCUAAAAACUUCUACUACAGAUGUGUCUGUGUUUGAAACUAACAUUCGUUUUGUCGGGGGUUUGCUGGCUGCCUAUGCUUUAACUCGUGAUGAGAUGUUCAUACAUAAGGCAAGAGAUGUUGCUGAUAUCUUAUUACCAGCUUUCGACACACCGACUGGCAUACCUCAUGCUUUGGUGAAUCCUGUAACGGGAAAAUCGCAUAACUGGGGUUGGGCCAAUGGUGAUUAUUCAAUUUUAUCAGAAUUCGGUUCUCUGCAAUUGGAAUUUGAAUACUUGUCACAGCUUACUCAAAAUAUGGUGUACUCCAAGAAGGUAAAGCGCAUUCAAGAAAUGAUACUUUCAGUACGAACAAAAGAUGGACUCUAUCCUAAUUAUUUACAUCCAAGAUCUGAACAUAUCUCGGUUGGCGCUCUCGGUGAUAGUUUCUAUGAAUAUCUACUAAAGUCAUGGAUUAGGUCUGGAAAAAGUGAUGGAGUAUCUAAAGAAAUGUAUGAUGCAGCAAUAUAUUCCAUAAAAAAGCAUUUGUUGCGGUAUUCAAAACAAAAUCAUCUUGCAUAUUUCAUAGAACUCAAGGGGAGACGUGAGCUGCACAAGAUGGAUCAUCUGGCUUGUUUUAUUGUUGGCAUGUUUACAUUAGAAGCCUUAAAUGAGCAAAAUAUGCAGCGACGCAGUGAUACCCUGAAACUUGCAGAAGAAGUCGCUAAUACUUGUCACGAGUCAUAUGUCCGAACAGCCACAGGUAUUGGCCCAGAAUCAUUUCGCUUUAGUGAUGAAAUGGAAGCUCAGGCGGUCAACGAUAGAGAGAAAUACUAUAUUCUUCGGCCUGAAGUCAUUGAGGGUUGGUUUUAUUUGUGGCGAGCAACACGAAAGAACAAGUACAGGGAAUGGUGUUGGAUGGCUGCUAAAGCUAUUGAAAAAUAUUGCAGGACAUCUGGAGGAUAUUCUGGCAUAAGAAAUGUGUACAGUACCCAACCAACUUUUGAUGAUGUGCAACAAAGCUUUCUACUUGCUGAAACCUUCAAAUAUUUAUACCUCACUUUUUCAGACGACAAUAUUAUGCCUUUAAAUAAAUGGGUAUUUAAUACCGAAGCUCAUGCUUUCCCAAUAGUCACUCUUAUUAAACAUUAG